AGUCGAACCUCAAUGAUUUGUUUCUCAUAUCAAAACAUUUCAGUGUUCAGUGAUUCAGAGUCAGAUAGAUCUACGUGUGAAACGACAAACCUGAGUUCUGUUGCAAUCAAGCAACAUGGCUUUUCAGAAUCAGGUCUUGUUUGCCAAAGACAGUGUGUACAUACACAUCAAUGUUCAGGAUGCCAAAGACAAAGAUGCUCACAUUGCUGGAAGGGUUUUCUUCUUGAAGAAGCCCGAAGGCUACUUCAUUGAAUGGAAAGCAGAGGAGGUCUUGAGUCUGGAAACACAGAAUGAAGAAUGGGAUGUGAUUGGAUCAGUGGGUUACAAAAAUGACAGAGAUGCUGAUUCUGUCACGAUGAAUGCCAAAAUGGAUGCAAGGCGGAAAUACAAUAUCAGCUUUGACAUACUGGACCUGAAGAGCUUCAAGCGUAGUGCCCCAAAUCAUGGAUGGGCUUACAUUAUAUUCAUUCUCAAGGAUGGAAGUACUUUCCCUCCCUUGCACUUUCACAAUGGUGGCUCCAAAGCAUUACUUAAAGAAUUGGAGAAUUUCAUUCACAUCCGCAGGUCACCUAAUGACCCUCGCCUGUUCAUCGUGAAUGACCAUGACCCAGAGAUGUUGUCCAAAUCUUUCAAUGAGCUGGCGAUCUUCUCCGAUUCUUCUGGUGCUUUGGUACAGAAUUUCAUCAAAGACUCUGACAGAGGGUUACAUAAGAAAUUCAUCAAAGACCCAUACACCACCACAUUGGGAGGCUUCUCCAAAGUGACCAACUUCCUGCGGGAUGUGCUCAUGACCCCAGAGAAUCAGAUCGAGCGGCCGCAGUCCGAAGUCGCCGAACUGCUGCAAGAUGACAUCCCCGGCAUGGAGAUCUCGCAGAUGGAGGACACUGGUUUUGAGGUUGUCACCAAGACCAAGUUGCCACCCAGACCAUCUGUGAAAAGGUCGGAUCCCCUAACAGCCAUGCAGUGGAACGCUUUCUUUGACUCCGAGGGGCGAAUUACGAAGGUGGAGGAGUUGAAAGACAUCAUUUUCAGAGGGGGUUUGGACCCUGCUAUUCGUGGGGAUGUUUGGAAAUACCUCCUCAACUUCUAUGACUGGGACUCAACGUCAAAGAAACGUCAGGACCAAAGGAAAAGGAAGGUCGACGACUACUUCCGUAUGAAGUUACAGUGGAAGACAAUAUCUGCGGAACAGGAGAGGCGCUUUUCUCUCUUGAAAGAAAGACGUGGUUUGAUAGACAAAGAUGUGAUGCGGACUGAUCGGACACAGAAGUUCUUCAGUGGAGACAAAAAUCCCAACCUCCAAGUCCUCUAUGACAUUCUUUUGACAUACUGCAUGUACAAUUUUGAUUUGGGUUACGUACAAGGCAUGAGUGACAUUCUGUCCCCUAUCCUAGUUGUGAUGGAGAAUGAGGUGGAUGCCUUCUGGUGUUUUGCAGGGGCCAUGGAGAGAGUGUGCCACAAUUUUGAGAUGGACCAGAAUGGUAUGAAAGUUCAGCUGUCCCAGAUUCACAAGCUUAUGCAGGUUUAUGACCCAGAACUGUGUGCCUAUCUAGAGAGCCAUGAUUCUGGGAACUUCUACUUCUGUUUCCGAUGGAUCUUGAUUAUGUUCAAAAGAGAAUUUCACUUUCAUGAGAUUCAAAGGUUGUGGGAGGUGAUCUGGACAGACAGGCCGUGCACUAACUUCCACCUCAUCAUCUCUUUAGCUAUUCUUGACACAGAAAAAUCUACCUUGAUGGAGAACAAAUUUGGCUUCACUGAAAUUCUGAAGCACAUCAAUGACAUCAGCUUGUCCAUCCCGCUGGAGGAGACACUUUGCAAAGCCGAGGGCAUCUUCCUGCAGCUGAAAGAGUUCAAGAAGCUGCCGGCCCCUGUGAAGGAGAUCCUGGGUCUUCUCCCCUUGCCCAUGUCGGUGUCCAUGGAGAACAGUAUCUUCAUGUCCGCCAGCAGUCACCAGGACAUCAAGCCGGAGAAUGGGGGUCAGCGAGUGGACACUCCGCAGCUUUUGGCAACUGGAGGAGGUGGUGGUGGUGGUGGUGGGGCUACUGCUGGCGCGGGGGGACUGUCACACUCGGGCAGCGGGACACAGCUCAGCAGCUCAAACUCAGGUCGUUCGUUGGUCAACUCCAAUAUGGAUUCUAGUUUAGAGAUUCUGGAUGACGAUGCUAAGAUAUUUACGUAGUCCUGCUUCUUUGAUCUAAAUGUUGUUGGGGUUUUUUUUCUCAUGUAUGUUUUUUUUUAUGACAGAAAUGAAAAGUAGAUUACCCGCCCCCUAUCUUCCUUCACAGUCACGGACUGUUCUAAAGAUGUCAUUGCCUUUAGGGUUAGAAUAGAGAGGAAUGUUGAGAUAUGCUUGAAAAUGGAUACACAGGAGAGGGGGAAUGAUCCUCCUUAUUUUUCUAUUGGCUUCCUUUUUUUCUGUGAUUUUUUUUUCCCCCACAGUGUUAUGGGACUGGUAUAUUUUUUCCGGAAGUUUAUGGAAUUUCUUUGAUGUCUUGGCGCUCUAGUUUAUUCACUUUUAUUCUAUGGAUAACGAACAUUUUCAAUACGUAUAAAUUGACAACAGAGUGAAACAACAGAUUCACAAUGGUGCCAGUUUUUUUCUGUCUCUCAGAAAAUAGUGAUAUAGCAAAUUUUAGUGACUUGCCUGUGCAUUGGGAAUUUCACAUCCAACUGGCAAAUACUUUUCCUCAGAAAACUGCUUUUUCAAUGCUGUAUUAAAAUUAGCUCUUGUGUGUAUUAAAAACUAGUCUCGGAGUGGCAUUUCGUAACUGUAUAAAGUAUCUUAUAAUUGUAAACAAAAAGUCAAUUUCAUUCCGUCAAUUUUGUGUCAAUUAUAACGGCUUGUGAACAGUCUGAUUGUAUCCUGCUGCCUGUGUAGGGCGCUAGGCUUUCAGUUUUUCAGUUUGUUUCUUUGCUGAGCUCAUAUGGUAAUGUUUCCUAAGGAAGGGCACUUUGUCCAUUGUUCCUCUGUUCCCUUAACCACUGGAAGAGAAUGACAUAUUAUAUGAAUGAUAACGGGUCAGGGCAUAAUAUUUUGCCAAUCUGUAUGUCCUUCUGGGAACAGAGGUGGUACUGCAAAGUGCAGCGUCCACAACUACCAAUUGAAUUACUGAGCUAUUUCGACCUUUGAAGGAGAUACAAGGUGAUGGAUGACUGAGAAAUCAAAUGGAUUGCUGAUUUUGAAAAUGUUUACUUUUGUUCCUCCAACUACUGCAUGUGAUACAAGAUAUUGAGACCCUGUUUUUGACUUGCUACCCAAUCAUAUAUAUUAUAUAUAUAUAUAUAUAUAUAUACAUAAAACGUUUGUGGUGAAUUGUCUGAGGUAAUGUGACGAUGGGCUUCUGAAAACUCAGGAGUUUGAUGUCCUGUGUUUAUCAUAUUAUUCUCAAGAAUGUUGGGACUUGGUAAUGUGUGACUGGUGUUCGUGUGUAAGCUCUCUGGCUUUGGGCAGACUCUCACAAACAAAGGCACAAAGGGAAGUAAACUGUGCGGCUUUUUCUUUGAUUUCUUUCUUGUUGGUGGCGUUGUUUUGGGAGAUUUGUUUUCACACUGCUGAGAAACGUAUACACAAAUGAAAUAGUCGUUGUUCUACUUCUCUCACAGCCCGUUGUGUUGCACAGGUUUUUAACUUUGGACAGGAAAAGUCACACGUAAAUAUGUAUGGAAGGAGUUUAUAGCUUAUCAUUUUUUUAAAAGGAGUCAUUUUAUACUGCCUUUGAGCUGGAGAGGGUAUUUGCGCUCCAGAGAUAAAUGCGGACUGGUUAAUAGAUCUAGUGUCUAGUGACUGAAAAGUCAUUCUUUCGCAAAGGUGCAGACGUGUUGUGAUUAAUAACUUUUUUAUUGUGAUCCCUUAUGGCCAUUGUUUAAGUACGUAUUUGUUGAUUCCUUAUACUUUUUUUUUGCCUGUGUGAUGACAUCAGAUUGCAUGAUUUUGUUUUGUUUUGCUUUUUGCUUCUGAAGUUUUUCUUCUUAUGUUAAGUUUGGCAAACUAUUUUGUGCAGAGUAUUGCUAGUAUGAGGAAACAAGGAUUUCAAUGUCUUAGUAAAGGAAUUAGAAUUUUUUCAGUCACUGCAAAACAUGAUUUGUUUUUCAUUCCUGUGUUGAUGUUAUUACACAUUUAUUUUGUUGUCAUCAUUACAAUGUGGGGGUGAGGGAUGGAAUGUUAACUGUUGUUACUUGCCGUAGUUACUUUUAUAGAAAGAUAUGUGAGAUAAAAAAAAUGUUAGGAGUUAUUUUAUUAUUUUUGUCACUAUUUUUAAAAUCCAAAUGCAUCGUUAUUAAAUCUUCCUGCUUUAAAAGAAAGAUUCUGCUUUGCACUAUCAUAUUAUCUGGACACUUUCACUUUCUCACCUGUGGCAACUUGCCCUCAUGUGAACUAGAUAUUCCAUUUGCGCUGCCCUUUUGUCAUUGCAGUGACAUCGGUAGAUACUGAGUUUGUAUUAUGAUGUCAGUUCCCACAGAUAUUUAGAUAAUGGAAGAACUUGUUUCCAGGAUGUGUCAAAAAUGUUACAUAUACUGACACUGACAUACACUUUAGUGAGCUCUGAAAUUUUAACUAGUGAUAUAGAUAAAGGUCAUUUGAAGGCUUAGAUAUGAU